AUGAUGAAAAAGCUCAUUACCGUACUUGGCGUCACUGGUACGCAGGGCGGCUCUGUCGCAAGCCGUUUUCUCUCCCACCCCGACUGGCACGUACGCGGGCUCACACGCAAGCCCGACUCUGCCAAGGCAAAGUACUGGGCAGGCCGUGGGGUCGAGGUCAUCAAGGGCGACUACGAUGAUUUAGACUCGCUGAGAAUUGCCUUCUCAGGAGCUCACGCCAUCUUUGCCGUCACCGAUUGGGCGGCGAACUACGCCCGGGUCGUCGAGGAUGCCGCUUUGCAGGAAAAGGCCAAGGCAGCCGGGAGGUCGUUCGAGGAGUUCGCCGGAGACUUGGAAGAGGCCCAGGGUAUCAACUUGGCCGUGGCGGCUCUCGAUCCCGUCGUUCUCUCUACUCUGGAGAGGUUCGUCUUUUCAACACUGCCCGCCGUCCAGCUGAUUAGUGGCGGCAAGUACAAGCAUUCGUACGAGUUCGACUCCAAGGCCGGUGCUGAGAGAUAUAUGCGUGCUCAUCUGAGCUUUGUCCUGAGCACCGUCACCCUGGGGAUCUUUCAAGAGACGUGGAGAGAUAUUGCUGCUUUUCGACCGCACAAGCAGCCGGACGGCACGUUCGAGUACGUGAACUUGGAGGUGUCAGGACCGCACGAUGCCAACCCCGAGGUGGUUGCCACACGGGACACGGGUGCUUUCGUCGAGGCGCUCAUCCUUCACCACCCCCCUGGCACGGAUGUAUUGGGUGCUACCGAAAUAAUUUCCAAACGGGACUAUGCGGCUCUGUGGGGUCGCACGCUGGGGGUACAGACGACUGUCAGAGACGUUUCGGAGGAGGAAUACGUCCGGUAUGUCCCCGAUGCGUACAAGACCACGAUCGUGGACGAUCUUCGGUUCUUUGCGGAGUUCGGGUACACUGGGGGCAAUGCCAAGGUCAAGACGCCGGCAGAACUAGGCAUCAAGACGAGCUCACUGGUCGAGUAUUUUCGCGAUGAGGAUUGGAGUGACGUCCUGGAGGGUCGCCUUUAA